AUGCUCCGCCUAUUCACAAAGUGGAAUGAAAAAACGGUGGCGGAAUUUCUGAUCAACUCCGAAUAUAUCGACAUGAGCCUUUGUGACAGCGAGGGCAUGACACCGUGGCACUAUGCAGCGGCAUGGGGCCAUCACAAGACAAUGAGAAUUCUGAUACAAAUUCCGCAGUACGUAUCAUGUUUAGAUACACCAGAGAGGCGUCAAGGUGAUACGGCUCUCAUAAUUGCAGCGCGAUAUCAACAGUAUGAGAGUCUCCGAAUGCUGUUGGAUGCAGGAGCAGAUGUGAACCGGCAAAACGAAAAGCGUGAAAGCGUACUUUUCUGGGCCGUUAAACACAACAAGCCGGCCCUAACGCGCGAACUGUUGCGGCGAGGUGCAAACCCAAAUCAUAUGGUUUGUCACGGCUUCACUCCACUUAUCAUGGCCAUUAUUCAAGGGCGUCUUGACUUGGUGAAAGCACUGAUUGAGGGCGGAUCUGACAUGAAGCUUCCUGAUGAUCGUGGCCAUCGACCCCUCUCUUGGGCAGUCAUCUCGGAUGACAUUUCCAUUGCUGCAGCUCUUCUCUCCAAUGAGACGGUCACGCCCACUAUCUCGACAUCUCCGGCCAAACACUCACCACUUAUCUGGGCCGUGAUUGUAGGCAACUAUGAUAUGGUGCGAUUACUGCUCAGCUAUGGCGCUGACAUCGCUCAGCAGUCGAGCGACCGCAGGACACCCCUGAUCUGGGCCGUGAUAUAUCGCAAUGUGUCUGUGGCUAAGCUCCUGCUCCAGAGAGGAGCUCUCCCGGACGAGGUCGAUGGCGGUGGAAAAUCGGCCCUGGCCUGGGCCCUCUUAGAGGGUAAUCAGGAAAUGGUUCAUCUGCUUGUCAGACAUGGGGCGAGUCAUGCGAGUUGGAUAAUGUAUAAGUGGUGA